AUGGUAGAAUUAAAGUUAUACCGUUAUAUUUUAUUUAUUAUAUUUGUCAUUUCAUUGACUUCUGCUAAUUUGUCUUCACGUCAAAAAGCAAUCCUUCACCUAAAUUCAACAAUUAAUAAUUUUAUUAUUGACAAAACAAAUAAUAUAAUAUAUGUUGGUGCUGUAAAUGAAUUGUAUAAGUUAAAAGUAUCAAAUUUAACUAUACUUCAAACAUCUAAAACUGGUCCAAUUUUGGAUUCACCAUUAUGUAAUUAUGAUUUAUCAUCAUGUGUUGAUAUAAAUAUAGUUAAAGAAAAAACAGAUAAUUAUAAUAAAUUAUUACAAAUAACUCCAUCUGGACAUUUAUUUGUAUGUGGUUCUACAAGACAAGGAAUAUGUAAUUUAUAUGAUAGCAAUGAUAUUACAUUACCAAUACAAAAUGGUACUGUACCAAUUGUUUCAAAUACAAAAAAUGCCUCUACAGUUGGUAUGAUUGAUUCAAUAACGGGUAAAUUAUAUAUUGCUACUAGUUAUUCAAUAGACUCACCAUAUCGUGAUAAUCAUCCAGCUAUUGCUACAAGAGAACCACCAUCAUAUUAUCCAAUAAAUUAUGGAUCAAUUGAAGGUGAAGCUGAUAUUCAAAUACGUGUAGAACAUAGAUCAAGAUUUAAAGUUAAUUAUAUAUCAACAUUUAAAUAUGAACAUUAUAUAUUUUGGGCAUCAGUACAAAAUAAAAAUAUUUAUCAAAAAGGUGGUAUAUUAAAUACAAUGGUAUCAAAUCCAUUAAUCACAAAACUUUUACGUGUUUGUAAAGAUGAUGAAAGAUAUAUUUCAUACUCUGAAUUAGAAAUUCAAUGCCGUGAUGAAGAUAAUACAAAUUAUAAUAUAUUAAAAACAAUACAUCUUAUCAAUGAUACUCUUAUUGGAGCAUUUACUGAUUCAUCAAAUAAAAAUACAGCUAUAUGUAUAUUUUCAAUGGCUAGAAUUCAAUCAACAUUUUGGUAUAAUAUUGAUAGAUGUCGAGAUGGUAUUGGAAAAUAUGGUAUGCCACAUAUUGGUAGAGAUUAUAAAUGUACAAAGAAACCGAAUCUUCAAUUGGAUCAGGAUACAUGCUUUUUAGGUGUUGGUGGAAGUAUAGAGACUGAACAAAUUGCAUCUCUUAUAUAUAAUGAUCGUAUAAUUACAACAUUAACAGGAAGAAAUAUUGGUGGAAAAACUAUUGUUGUUGCUGGAACAGAAGAUGGUGAUAUUUUACAGUACUCAUUAACAACAUCAUCUACCAGUGGAACACAUUUAUCAAGAUAUAAUUUACAAAAAUAUGCCGAAUUUACAGCAGCACCAAAUAUGAUUUCAAAUAUUGAAUUUAUAAACGACAAUGAAUAUCUUUUAUCCAGUGUAAAUCAGCUUUUAAUAAUUCGUGUAUCAUCAUGUUCAUAUUAUGAUACUUGUGAAAGUUGUACAAAAGCAAGAGAUCCAUUAUGUGGUUGGUGUUUAUUAGAAGGUAAAUGUAGUCAAAUAUCUGAAUGUAGGCAAACAUUACCAAAUGCAUUUUUAUUAGAAAUUUGUCCAAAAAUGGUUGAUGGUAUAUUACCAAUACCAAUGAAUAUAUCAUUAGAUGAAAUUAAAAAAAGAAAUUUAGAAAGUGUAUUUUUACCAAUAAAAUCAUUACCACCACCACAUAAUUUUAAUUAUGAAUGUUAUUUUGGUAAUUUAAAAUCAAAAGGUAUUACAUGGUCAUCUGAUGGUAUAGCAUGUUUAAUGCCAGAAAAAUUACCACGUAUACCAACUGGUUCUGAUAGUUAUGAAACAUCAAUAACUCUUCAUACAACAUUUGAUGAUGAAAAAAAUAAAGAUAUUAUAAUAAAAAAUAAAGCAAUUGCUUCAUUUGAUUUUAUUUUUUAUACAUGUAAAUCAAAUAGAAUGUGUUCCUCCUGUGCAUCCUCUAAAUGGAAUUGUAAAUGGUGUUCCGGAAAUAAUUUAUGUGUUUCUAUUAAUUCAAAUAAAACAUGUAACAGUCAAAUUACAGAUGUUAACUCUUGUAUUAAAAUAGAUAUUUCAAAUAUUCAAGAAAUUUUAGUUCCUGAUGGUAAUAAUCAUUCAGUUCAAUUCCCAGUUAUUAAUUGGAAUUUAGAUACAAAUAAUGAUGAUCUUUAUUGUAAAGUAUUAUUUGAAAACCCUAUCAUUAGUAAAGCAACAAUUAAAGGUCAAAGCAUUACAUGUAAUUCAAUUGAGUAUAAUUAUGAAGAUACAAUAAAAAUAAAAAAAGUUGGUUUAGAAUUAUUAAAUAAAAAUGAAAUAAUUGAUAAAACAGAAAUAUCAAUAUAUAAAUGUAAUGAAAUGGCUAAUGAUUGUAGUCAAUGUUUAUCAUUAGAUCCUAAAUAUGGUUGUUCAUGGUGUAAAGAAUCAUGUAAACUAGCAACAAAAUGUUCAUCAUUAUCUAUAUUACGUGGGGCAAGAUUUUCUGACAUACGUCCAGAUAAUAUUUGUACAAAUCCAAUUAUAACAAAUUUUGAACCUAAAUCAGGACCAAUAGAAGGUGGAACAAAAAUAACAAUAACAGGAACAGAUUUAGGAACAAAAAUUGAUGAUGUUAAAGAUCGUGUAUAUAUUGGUGGUUCAUUAUGUAAAGUUAUUGAAUUUGAAAUAUCUAAAAAAAUUAUAUGUAUAACAGAAAAAGGUACUGGAUCAAGUGUUAUUAAAAUAACAAUUGGUUCAAGUGCUAAAAGAAUUGUUGAAUCAAAAGAUUAUUAUGAAUAUUUAGAUAUUCAAGGAACAUCUAUCUAUCCAACAUUUGGUCCUAUAUCUGGUGGUACACAAAUAUCAAUUUAUGGUAAUAAUCUUAAUAUAGGAUCAAAUAUUUCAAUAUAUUUUGAUAAUAUUCCAUGUACUAUUAAUGGUAAUCGUAAUUCAUCGCAAAUAAUAUCAUGUAAAACAUUUAAAUCAACACGUAAAUAUUAUGUAUCAGCUAUUCGUUUACAAAUAGAUAAUGCUAUAAGAAUAAUUAAUAGUCAAUUUGAAUAUCGUGAAGAUCCUAUUAUUACAUCAAUUCAACCAACAUCAUCAUUUAAAAGCGGUGGACGUUUAAUAACUGUUUAUGGAUCACAUUUCGAUUCAGUACUAUCAUCUCAAAUGUAUUUAUUAAAUUCAAAUGAUGCAAUGUUAGGUGAAAUAAUUUCAGGAUUAGGUAUAUGUAAAAUAAGUAAUUCAACACUAAUGUAUUGUCAUAGUCCAAAAUUAAUGGAUCAUUCAAAUGUUCAAUCUAAAUAUUCUAUUGGUUUUUUUAUGGAUAAUGUUAUGAAUGUUCGUAAUUUGGGUAAUCAAAUACAAUUAACUAUUACACCAGAUCCAAUAUUUGACUUAUUCUCAGAAAUUAAAAUGCAACCAAUUGACCAGACUGUUCUUUUAUUAACUGGUAAUCAUCUAUCAAUAAGUGCAACAUUAGAAGAUUAUGAAGUAUUUAUUGGUACAGAAAGUUGUAAUGUAGUAUUAUUAGAUUAUACACAAUUACUUUGUCGAGUACCAGAAAGACAACCUUCUGGGACUGAUGAGAAUGGUAUACCAACAUUUAAUAAUUAUCCAUUAAUUGUUGUUAAAAUUGGUAAUUUAAGAUUUGAGAUUGGGUCAAUUGAAUAUGAAUCAAUGAUUGGUAGAAAUUUUGGUGUUAAGAGAAUGCCAGUAAUUAGAAUAAUUUUAUUAUUAAUAUCUGUAAUCUUUACAAUUAUACUUAUUAUAUUUUCUCUUGUAACUAUAUGGAAAAGAAAAAAUGGUGAAAGAGAAAGAGAUUAUAAAAGAAUACAACAACAAAUGGAACAAAUGGAAAGUAAUGUUAGAAAUGAAUGUAAACAAGCUUUUGCUGAAUUACAAACUGAUAUGAGUGAUUUAACAUUAACUAUUGAAGAUAUAGGUAUACCAUAUCAAAAUAUGGAAUAUUUUUUAAAAGUUUUACUUUCACAUGAUUAUAAUAAUGAAUAUUCUAUGUAUCUUGGUUAUAAUAUGACAAAUAGUGGUAUUGGAAGUAUUUAUACAUCACAACAACCAAUGAUUAUUACACAAUUUGAAUCAUUAGUAUUUAAUAGACAAUUUAUAUUUAUGUUAGUUAAUAUGUUAGAAUCAAAUCCAUCUAUAACAACUACAGAAAGAACAGCUGUUGCAUCAGCUAUAAUAACAUGUAUAUCAAGAAAUAUGGAAUAUUGUACAGAAAUAGUUUUUACAUUAUUAGAAGGACAUAUUGAAAAUUCUGUUAAUACUAAAACAUCACAUUUAUUAUUUAGACGUAGUGAAAGUGUUGUUGAAAAAUUAUUUUCACAUUGGUUAUCUAUAUCAAUGUUUCCAGAAUUAUGUAAUGGUCAUAAUGAUAUUGCUAAAUCAUUAUAUUUAUUAUAUAGAGCAUUAAAAUAUCAAAUUGAAAAAGGACCUAUUGAUGCUGUUACAGGUGAUUCAAGAUAUUCAUUAAAUGAACAAAAAUUAUUAAGAGAACAUGUUGAUGGUAAAAGUAUUAUAUUAAUAAUUAUUCCAUUUGAAACAUUUGAUCAAUUUCCUAUACAUCUUCGUGUUUUACAAUGUGAUACAAUAACACAAGUAAAAGGAAAAUUAUUAGAUUUAUUAUAUAAAAAUCAAGGUUUUAAUAAUAGAUUAACAGUAGAACAAUUUGAUCUUGUAUGGCAAAAUAAUAAAAAAGAACAUAUAAUUUUGUGUGAUGAUGAGAAACCAAUGGAUAAAUGUGAAAAACAAUUAAAUACAAUUGGUAGUUAUAAUAUACCUAGUAAUGCAACAAUAACUAUGGAAUAUGCCAAUAUAACAAUGCCAUUAACAACAAAUGCUUUUACAUUUAGAAGUGGAUCUAGUGAUACAACAUGCUCUGCAUGGAGUUCAACACAUCUUCUUAAUAAUAGUUCUAAUUCAUCAUCAUCACCACCACCAUUAACAAUUAAUAGUGAUAAAAAAUACUAUCAUCUUAAUAAUUGCACCUCAAUUAAAAAUGGAUUUUCAACAUUAGAUGGUAAAAAAAGUAAAGAAUUUGAGAUAAAUAGUACAAGAAUAUUAUCAUCUAAAAAGAAAGGAAAAUAUAUUGAUAAAAAACAUAGUAAUACACUUAAUUAUCCAUCAAAUUCAUCAAAUAUUCCAGAAGUAUUUUUAACAAGAUUACUAACAUGUAAAGGUUCAGUCCAAAAAUUUGUUGAAGAUUUUUUGGAAAAUGUUUUAUUAAUGCGUAAAGAUAGUAGAAAUAUAUCAAUAACUAUUAAAUAUGUUUGUGAUUUUUUUGAUUAUCAAGGAAAACGCCUAAAUAUUAUAGAUGAUCAAAUAAUAUUUACAUGGAAAAAAAAUUCAAUCAUUCUUAGAUUAUUGAUGAAUUUUAUAAAUAAUCCUGAUUUUAUAUUUGAUGUACCGUCACAAAAUUAUCUAAAUUCAUCUCUAACAGUUAUAGGACAAACAUUAAUGGAUUGUUUUUCAACAAAUCCUCAUCCAUUUAGUAAAGAAUCUCCAUCAUCUAAAUUAUUAUUUGCAAAAGAAAUCAAUCGUUAUCGACCUUUUGCAAUGGAACUUUUUACACAAAUAUCAUCUUUUCCAUCAAUAACUGAUAAAACUUUUUACAAUCAUAUUAAUAAUGUAUCGCAAACAGUAAAUGAAUGUUUGAGUAAAACACAUGCAAUUACAGAACUUCUUAAUUGGAUUAAAGGAAAUGCACUACCACUUGUUGAAAUUUUAAAUAAUGAUGAAGGAAGUAUAAAAUAUAGAUUAGGAGAAAAAUUACAACAAAUUGUAAUGUGUUCAAUACAAGAAAAUGAGCAUAUCUAUGCAACUCUUAAUUAA